AUGCUCUCGAGGCCCCCGCCGCAGACGUUGAGGGUGGCGAAAUGGGCUUGUUCGUGCGCCUUCUUCCCGGUUGCCCUCUUCUGUUUGCCCUUGCUCACUCCGUUUCCGUGCAGUGCCUUCAUGAGCGCGUUCCACUCGGCGUUGCGCUCGCUUGUCCGCCCUCUCGAGCGGGCUCAAGGUGGGUUCGACUGCGGGCGCCUCUGCCUCUGCGGCUGGUGCUGCUCCUGUCACUAUGUCACCGUGUCGUGGGGCCGACGGGGGGGCCUCCUCGGCCUCCUCGGCCUCCUCGGCCUCCUCGGCCUCCUCGGCAGCCUCGGCUGCUUGGCGCACGCGGCGCUGCUCUUUUGUUCUCCUCCGUCGUCGGCCCUGCCGUUCCGUCUCCUCGCUCUGGCUCGGGCCGUGGGCGUGCUGCUGCUGCUGCUUGGCACUGUUGUCGCCAUUUUCGAUGCCGCCGUGGGCACGGGUGGGGCGAGCGCGCGCACCAUGAUCUCGAGACGCUCCAGCCUGCCGACUCGUGCCCUAGCCGCGCCGCCGCUCUUCCGGCCAGCACCAGCAGCGAUCCGUGCAUCGGCCUCAUCCGCCGCGAACGGUGAGCUGAUCAGCGCCCAUGCUGCCGCACGGAUGUACCGGCUGCUCGGCGGCGCCACGUCAGCUGCUUGGGUUUGCUGCUCCGUGGCGGCGCUCGCCACCUACAAGCCACACCGCGUCCUGCACAACGCCAUAGGAGUGGCUCAGGCGUGCACGGCGCUGCCGCUGGUGUGGACGACAACGGAGAGCCUGGCGCGCACGGUCGCGGACAACGGCUGGGAGGCACUUGGUGACGCGCAGCCUCGGAGCCUCAAUCUCGGCCUCGCCGCAGCGAGCGCGUGGUGCGCCGUCACCGCCGCCGCGGCGCCCGCCUUCACCGCUGCAGUGGUGCGGACCAGCGACCCGGUGCGGUACCCGAUGCCGCUCGUGGUCGCGGCUUGCGCCGUCCACGCCGCCACUGCGCUCUGGUCGCUCCUUGCGAGGCGGCGCCCCCGACCCGCGCCCUCCCACCCCGACGAGCCUACCGCUGCCACUCGCGCGGAGGGCCUCUCCCUCCGCCUCCUCGCGCUCACCUUUAGCGGCUUCAGCGCGUGCGCUAUCUUUGCGCCCUUCCCGCUAGCCACGGUGCCCUCGCUGCUGGGCAAGCGGCUUGCGAGGGCGUUUGCCGCUUGGCUCGGGCUCGCAGCUGUGUCGCUGCACGCACUCUCGCGGGCAGGCGUCGCCGGCGGAGGCGGAGGUGCGGGCCCUCUGGCGGAUGGGCUCGCCCUCCACGCCGCCUCCCACCUCGCCGUCGCCGUCGCGAGGGCCGCGCUCGAGUCGCCCGCGUUGUACCCCGCCGCGAUGGCGUGCAGGCCGGCUGUCGCCGCGUCGCUCCUCGCCUACGCCCUCGCGUGGCGUGCCUCGAGCAGAGCGCGUGCGCCAUGUGCUCCGGCCGCUGGUGGUGCCAUUCGCUCUCCACCACCUUGA